UACGGGUCUGAUGGCCGGCCAAGAUGUCGUCUGCACCUCGGCAUUGUUGAUCAUUAUUUUCCGGCAGGGUUGACGAUAUUUCGAACGAUAUUCGAUGGUUAAUUCAAUUUGAAAGCAGCUUCCACUGCUACGCAAGCACUACGUUAACCACCGUGAUAUCAAAUUAUCUCGAGAAUGGCUGCCAGCCGUGAAACUGAGGUACAAUCCUUGAAGGAACAAGGUAACGCGUGCGUUAAGGAGCAAAAAUAUGCCGAAGCGAUGUUCCAUUAUACGCACGCGAUCAAACUGGACCCCAAAAACUAUUCGUUGUACAGCAACCGGUCAUUGGUGUUUUUGAAAAUGCAGCAGUACCACUUUGCCAUGGAAGACGCGAUCAUGACCAUUCAGCUGAAACCCGAUUGGACAAAGGGUUACUACCGUAAGGCGGAAGUCGAAUCACAGACCUUUCGGUUUAGCGAAGCUCUCCAGUCCUACAGUAAGGCUCUGAGCUUGCAGCCAAAUGACCCCAGUAUUCUAGACGCCAUGAAAAGGGCUUCGAAACAGCUCAUCAAAGACAGGAGAGCCGACCAACAGAUACCUUGGCUGGGUGCUGGGGUGGGAAUAAUACUCGGUGUCAUCGUGGUGAUUGCCGAUUACGUCUUCACUAACAAACCGACCUUAACGCACCCUUUACUGAUGGCUCUGCUUACCAUCGCCAUCGCCAUGCUCGGAUUUGGGAUCGCGAAGGGUUGUCGUUAUUUCGUAAAAUGUCAAAGACGGUCGCUGCUUGAGCCGCCGGUGGAUCUCCUCGAGGGCAGCAAGGAAGAACCGGAGGACUCGCAGCAGGAGCAGAUGAGCAAUGAAGACAGGGACAAGCAUCCGAAAUAUAGUAAAGCUCAGGCGAGACAGCGGUUCAAGAAAGGAAAGUCGUAACAAAACGUGGCAAACGAUUUCUUCUUCAACGUAUUCUAGAUCCCAGCGGACGGUUUAGGAUAUUCCUGUCGUUUAUCUUAGCCCUUUAUCCCAUAUCCGUCAUACGCGUCUUACAAUUAGACUUUUACAAACAUCGCGCAUAACAACUUGCACGGUGGCUGCAGGGAUACGACGACUUAUUUCAAUUGAUAUACCAUACUAUACAGGAAAUAAUAGGCGAGCUCAAGGGGUUCUUCACCAUUCCGCAAUGAUUCCACUCUCUCACCAUAAAAGUCCUUGUUAUAGAACGUGCGAGCAUGACUUUUAUUAUGUUGACACAAAUACUUUUGACCACUCGCGCAACUUUCGUGAUUUUCCCCCUAUUCUUAAUAAUACGCAAUAUGUUACCAUUACGCGAGAGUAGCUGUAGCUGGAUUUAUUCAAGGAAAUAACAUUUCAUUACUCGGUGAAAACGAGAAAUCCGAAAAAUAGACGAAACCGUUUAUUCAACCGCGAUACCGCGAGUCCAAUUAAUGUGGAACACUCGGCGGAAAAUCAUAUUUAUAUUCGCGGGUACGGGUUGCGACCGGGACUAUUGCACUAUAAGUUAAUGAACAAUAUGUGCAGAAAAUUAAUUAUAUACAAUGUAUUGGUUACAUAUAGCUCCCGUUUUCUACCAUAUUUGUACGAUGUAUUGAAUUAUAAUGAAUGUAUGCUCUAUAAAUAAAUAGACGUCGGACCGAUCGAUGCAUUUACUAUAUCUCGUUAUUGGAGAUAUAAAAAUCUCAUUACACGAUUUUGAAUAAAGUACCGUACCGCUACCUAAUGUUUCGUGCAUUCGUUUGUACGUGCAGCAUAAUAUACACAAGUUGAAGACAACUCUGACAAUAAAUACAAUUACAUAAACAGGGGUGCCUGCGGUAUUUGUUUCUAGGAAUUAUUUAAAAAUAUGCAGAAACCUUGAAGGAUACGCAUUACAUAAUACAUAUGUAUACUCGUAUUAUGCCUCGAAAUAACCACAGUUUCCUCUUAAAUCAAGCACUCUUGUAUUCCUGGCUUUAGUAGCUAAUGAUAAGCAUACAAUCCAAACGCGUCAGUCGUACAAAAAUUGAGUACCGACAAAAGGAUAAUGCUGAAGUAUUCGAGAUGCAAAACGUUAUAAAAAUGUCAAUACUCUACAAUCCUGAAGACGUGUUAAUUUCACCAGUAAUAGCGGCAGUUGCAAUUCGGUAUAGCAUAAAUUCGAUCUUUAAAAGGUAUUAUUAUAUGGCUAAACGUAGAAAAUUCCGGUCAUAAUUAAUUUGUAUGAAUCUGGCAUCGUUGUAAUAAACGUAUUAAGACUAAAAAUGUAUAGUACAAUGUGUCCAUUGAUUCAUGUGUCACACGCGUGCCUGCAUGGCACUGUAUUACUUUUCUGUGGAGGAGAAUCGAUUCUACAGAAAUCAGUUCUACAGAGCAAACGUUCUACACAAUAUCUUGUACAGACUCGUUUCUACAGAAAUAUUUAUCUCUAGAAUAAAAUUUUCCUACAGAACGGAAUUCGAGAUUCACAUCAGAAAUAAUCCUGCAUGAAUUAUUCUACAGUAGAAUUGUUCUACAAAAUAAUUUUCGAGUUUCAGCAUCCAACACAAUAACCGUUCGACAUAGCACACAUUUAACACACACAUAAAUUCAACUCAAAUAAUUUAAAUCAAAAUAGAUUAAAUUAAAUCGAAUGAAAUCGGAAUGUACGGAAUUGAUGAUUAGAUGUAUUAUUUUCACGAUUCGAUGAUUACUCGGAACGUGCGUUGUGUAAAACACAAUCUGAAGGAAAAUAUUUUGUAGAACAAUUCUCCUGUAGAAUAAUUCAUGCAGGAUUAUUACUGAUGUGAAUUUCGAAUUCCUCUGUACAAAAAUAUUCUGUGGAAAAAUAUUUCUGUAGAAAGGAGUGCGUAGAACAUAUUCUAAUGAACCUUUGCACUGUAGAACUGAUUUCCGUACAGUCGAACCGCAUUUCUUUACUAUCAGUGAAAGACAGGAGUAAAGUAAAUAGUUGUACGCCCUGGUUUCCAAAAAAUUCCCAUUACCAACGAAUUCGACAGAAGUGGUUCUGCCCUUUGUGCAGUCAGACGUGAGACGCGCAGUCCUGUGCGAUAAGUGAUAACUGCCGGUUGGAACGACCUCAAAUUAUAAUUACUUAUAAAUACAUCAGAGUUUUGUACGAUUAAUAACACAAAAUUGAUUAAGUAGUCAAGUUCUGAGUAUAAGGUUAUUGUAAUCCGGUGUAUAUAUUUUAACUGACAAAGAUUAUAGCGGUAAGUGUUUCGCAUUACAGCGCAAAUGAAACCAAUAAAUUUUAGAUACAUGGCUACGUA